AUGGAUAAUUUUGAUGAUCCGUGCGAUGGAGAGGCGAAUGGAGACGAAAAUGAGAGAAUUGACAACCUACCGUCGACGUCGACGAGUUCUUCGUACAAAUUGUUCGGGCGGCAGAACACGGUUCACCAGAUCAUGGGUGGCGGUAAAGCUGCUGAUGUGAUACUCUGGAGACGCAGGUAUGUAUCGUGUGGCAUAAUUGUUGGUGCUACUGUUGCGUGGUUUGUCUUUGAGCGGUCAGGUUUGCCAACUUUAUCAAUCUGUUGCGACGUGUUGCUGAUAUUGAUUGUGCUGCGGUUUCUUCGAGCCAAUUAUGCUGUUUACAGAAAUAAACAACUUCAAUCGCUGCCUGAACUAGUAUUGUCAGAAGAAAUGGUAAACACUGCUGCAGGUUCAUUUCGGGUUAAAGUCAAUUACAUGCUGCUUAUGGCGCAUGAUAUUACUCUUGGCAAAGAUUUCAAACUCUUUUUCAAGGUUGUGAUUGCUUUCUGGCUCUUGUCUGUUAUUGGUAGCUUAUUAUCAUUUUGCACUUUGUUAUAUCUAGGAACUAUUCUCUUUACCACAGUCCCUGCCCUGUAUAACAGAUUUGAAGAACGUGUGGAUCGGUAUGCGGGGAUUAUUCACCAAAAAUUUUCCAGGAACUAUAAGAUAGUGGAUGAGAAUGUGAUCGGCAGACUUCCUCCAAAUUUACCUAGGGAAAAAGAAUCGUAG